AGCAAAUUUACUAAGUCAACAUGAAAAGCAUUUUCUGUGUUAUGGGAGCAGCCUACGGAGGCUACAAGCUUGGUGAGCACUACAUUGUUGACCCAGAAGCUAAGAUGGAUGUGGUCGAAAGAUGAAGGAAGUAUGGAUUCAAAGCAGAGAAAUACUUUGUUGAGACUGAUGACCACUACAUUCUUCAAGUGUUCAGACUUAUCCCUGAAACAGAACUGCCAAACCCAAUCAAAAAACCGAGUCUGAUCCUGCAACACGGCUUCGAUGACUCCUGCUUCUGCUGGGUGUCUCACAAAGAGAAGUCACCUGCAUUUCUGCUUGCAAACAAAGGCUACGACGUCUGGAUGAACAACAGCAGAGGCAACAUUUUCUCCCGACUCCACCGUUAUCUGGAUCCUGAGGCUGAUCCCGAGUUCUGGGACUACAGCCUCGAAGAAAUGGGGAUGGUCGACAGCAAAGCAGUCAUCAAGCAUGUCAAGCAGCAGACUGGCCACGACAAAGUCACCUUUGUGGGUCAGUCGCAAGGCAGCGCCCAGAUGUUUUACGCGUUGUCAAGAGACAGCGAGUGGUUUCGAGAACAUCUCAAUUUGUUUGUAGCAUUGGCUCCAGUGACGAGGGUUUCAAGAGAUUCCUUUCCUUUUUACCAAAAAUUAAUAAAGAGAAAAUCAUUAUUGAGAUUCCUGGAUUGGCUUGAGAUGACAGAUCUUUACAACAAAGACACUGUGUUAAUGAACAUGGCUUACUUGCUCGCAAGAGUUUGGCCUGGUUUUGUUAAUAAGGCUCAGAGAUUUAUACAUGAUGGAGUUCCAGAGGUGAACGACCAUGAAUCUGUGUUAAGAUUUUGGUACCGUCACCAAGGAGGCAAUAGCUACAAAAAUUUGAUGCACUGGAAGCAAGUUCUUCAAAAAGAAAGAUUUGUAAGAUUCGAUUAUGGAGAGAAAAUCAACAUGAUCAAAUACGGAACUCCUUCUCCCCCAGAUAUUGACUUGACUCGCAUCCACAGCGUUCCGAUUGCUCUGUUCUGAGGCAAUUAUGAUGUCAUUUCAUCGAAGUUCGACGUAGAUUGGACCAAGAGCAAGCUCUCAAAGGAUUGAUUAGUGUUCCACCAGAAUUAUGACUACGGACACAUCUCAUUUAACUGUGCGAAGGACAUGAGCUACAUCGAUGACCUAUGUAAAUUAAUUGAUGCUCACCAGUAGGAGGUUCAAUAUGAAAUUAAUAAUA